CUACGUCACACAGUUACCAGUUCAAGUCCUCCAUUUUGUUUUCGCGGUGUGAGAACAGCGUUGUUAAAUUGCUGGUAUUUAUUUGGUAAGGUUUUUAAACCUGACUAUACGCGGUCAGAAGGUGGUCCGAUGGCCUGUCUGUUUUGAUUGGUCUGUGUGCUCCGUCUCGCCAUGGCGCGCGCCCUUGGGGCGGUACUAAGGACGGUGGCUGGCGAGGGACAAACCCUGUUAAAACCCGUCUCCGAAGUGAGGCCUUUCAACAAGCAUCAAGCUCUCCAGCACUGUCCUGUACUGCGCUCCUCGUUUCUCUCCACGUUUGGAGCUGCGUUCUGUAAUCAAGCCGGUGUAAGGAUGCCAGAAAUAAACACGGAUAAUCUGGAUGAGAAGCAGGUCCGCCUGCUGGCUGAGAUGUGCAUCGUGAUUGACGAGAACGACCAGAAGACAGGCGCGGACACGAAGAAGAACUGCCAUCUCAACUCCAACAUCAGCAAAGGAUUACUGCACCGAGCUUUCAGUGUUUUCCUGUUUAACAGUGAAGAAAAGCUGCUCUUGCAGCAGAGAUCUGAUGCCAAGAUCACUUUCCCAGGGUGUUUCACGAACACGUGCUGCAGUCACCCUCUGUACACCCCGCCCGAGCUGGAGGAGCAGGACGGCGUCGGGGUGAGACGAGCUGCACAGAGGAGACUACACGCUGAACUCGGCAUCCCCACACACCAGGUGCCUCCGGAGGAGAUGACGUACCUGACCCGCAUCCACUACAAGGCCGAGUCGGACGGGGUGUGGGGCGAGCACGAGAUCGACUACAUCCUGUUCCUGCAGAGGGACGUGGAGCUGCAGCCCGACCCCAACGAGGUGAAAAGCCACCUCUACGUCUCCAAAGAGGAGCUGAAGGAGCUGCUGGAGAAGGCGGAGAGAGGUCAAGUGCAGAUCACGCCGUGGUUCAGCCUCAUCGCCAACACCUUCCUGUUCACGUGGUGGGACAACCUACAAAACCUCAAACAGUUCACAGAUCACGAGCGCAUCCACCGUAUGUGAUCUCCACUGCCCCUUCAGAAUCAGAGAUCCACUCCAUCAUCCAAACAGACCUGCUUUAAGACGCCGAGUAGCUUUUAUUACUGCAAACUGUGACGUUAGUUUCAUCCAUGGACUGGUGUUGGGCUUCAACAUGCCUAAUGUACUUCCUAAUGUUCAGCAGUUAAAUGAUAAAUGGGGUUGGAUGGAUUGAAGGCUUGACACGUGCUGCCCGAUUAUUAUCCUAGUUAUUACUUACCGUAACUAACAUGGAAAAAGAUGGUGAUAUUUUUCUCUGUAUAUAUUUCUCCAAGAGAAGAAUUUUGGAGACGUUAUUUUUUAAACAGACAAAUGGAGAUGCUGCUUCUCACCAGCAGCCGAGACUCUUCAUUUAAGAGUGAUGUAUGUAGCGGAUGUUGAUGUUCACUGCGAAUAGUACUUAAGUUUACAUUCAUGUAAAAUAAAUUGUAAAUAAAUAAAUGUAUUGAAUUGCU